AUUAAUUAAAAAAAAAAAACAACAUUUCCCCCAAAAUAGAAGCUGCUCCACCCCCCAAAGCACACUACAGUUUCUAGAGAGAGAAAAACACUACAAAUCCUCUCAUUCUCUUCUCUCUUUCUCUCUCACACACCACACACACACUUCACGCACCACAAUCUCAACUCUCCACCUCACCAAUCACAGAGACCCCACAAAUCUCUCCCCCUUCCCUUAAACCUCAAACCCUCCAUAAAUCUCUCUCAAAUUUCCCCUUGAGCAAUGCCAGCUUCCUCCUCAGAAGCAAGAGCAAGGUGGAGGAAGCGGAAAAGAGAUCAGUCAGCUGCGCGCAAAUCUAAGCUGAAAGAACAUGAGAAUGAUGACAUAUUCGAGGACAAUGAGGAUGAUGACGACCCCGAUCUGGACCCGCCACAAACCCACCUGGAAGCUGAAGAUGGUCACCCCAAUCAUAGCAUGGAUAGGACGAACCAGAUAAUGGGAGAGAGAGAGAGUGAAAAGUUGGUUGGUGGUGGAGUAAAAAUUUGUGAGUUUCCAAUUGCAAUUAGGAGGGAGGUUAAUAGGCCUCACUCAUCAGUCUUUCAAAUUGUGGAAGCUGAGAGGGCUGCACGAAAUGGGGAUAGCAGAGGUGAGGGGCAAGGUGGGGUGGCAGUGUUGGAGAACAUUUCUUAUGGGCAGCUGCAGGCGCUUUCUGCUGUGCCGCGUGAUAGUCCAGCUCUUUUAGGAGUUCCCACUGAGGAGACUGCAAGCGGCAGCGGGGGUGGGUCAUAUGUCAUCACGCCACCCAGGAUAAUUGCAGGCCAUGGUGUUACUAAAAGGCUUGGGAGUGCAGGCCGUGUUCAUGUUGUCCCAGUACAUUCAGACUGGUUCUCUCCAAAUUCAGUGCAUAGAUUGGAGAGGCAAGUGGUGCCACACUUCUUCUCUGGGAAGUCUGCAGAACAUACUCCUGAAAAAUACAUGGAGUGUCGGAAUUUUUUUGUUGCGAAGUAUAUGGAGAACCCAGAAAAGCACUUAUCAGUUGCCGACUGUCAGGGGCUAGUAGCAGGUAUUGACAUUGAUGAUUUAACUCGAAUUGUGAGGUUUCUGGAUCACUGGGGGAUUAUCAACUAUUGUGCAACUCCACUUAAGCUUGAGCCUCAGAAGGACGGGACGUACUUGUGUGAGGACUCAAAUAGUGAACUUCAUGUGCCUUCCGCUGCUUUGAAAUCUAUUGAUAGCUUAAUCAAGUUUGAUAAGCCAAAAUGUAGGCUCAAGGCAGCCGAUGUUUAUCCAGAACUUGCAUGUCAGCGUGACCAGGACUCUGACUUUGAUAGUACUAUCAGAGAGCAGUUAUCUGAGCAUCGAUGCAAUUGUUGUUCCCGAUCUAUCCCUACUGUGUACUAUCAAUCACAGAAAGAGAUUGAUGUGCGAUUGUGUUUGGAUUGCUUUAAUGAGGGAGGAUUUGUUGCUGGUCAUUCUAGCCUGGAUUUUAUGAAGGACAAUUCCAUGAAAGAUUAUGGAGAUGUGGAUGGUGAUAGUUGGAGUGACCAGGAAACGUUACUGCUGCUCGAGGGAAUGCAGCUGUACAAUGAAAACUGGAACAAAAUUGCAGAGCAUGUUGGCUCAAAGUCAAAAGCACAGUGCAUCCUUCAUUUUGUCCGUCUUCCUCUGGAUGGUGUUCCAUUGGACAAAAUUGAUGUUCCAAGCACAUCUGGUUCGUCGGAUUGGUGGAGCCAUGAAAAUCAUGAAAGAUCAGAGCCAAAUUCAAAUGGACUCAAUUUGCAAGGGGAUGAUUCAGAAAGCAAAUUUCCUUUCUUAAAUUCUGGAAAUCCAGUUAUGCAUCUGGUAGCUUUUCUUGCUUCCGCACUGGGGCCAAGAGUGGCUGCUGCCUGUGCCCAUGCAUCCUUGGCUUCAUUAUCUAAGGAUAGUGACAAGGAAGGGAAUCCUAAUGCAGAGAUGACAAAUUCUAGUAGAAAAGGUCCUUGGAGCCAACAUGAUGCUGAAGGUGUUCCAUUAUCAGCUGAGAAAGUGAAUGCUGCUGCCAAAGAUGGACUUGUUGCUGCAGCCAUGAAGGCAAAGCUUUUUGCUGAUCAUGAAGAGCGUGAAAUCCAGCGGUUGUCUGCUAAUAUAAUAAAUCAUCAGUUGAAGAGGUUAGAGCUGAAGCUGAAGCAGUUUGCAGAAGUUGAGACCUUGUUGAUGAGAGAAUGUGAACAGAUGGAAAGGGCAAGACAAAGGAUUGCUUCUGAGCGGGCUCUCAUGAUGUCGGCACAGUUUGUAUCCGCUGGAGUGUCUCGACCAAUGGGCCUACCAGGUGUUGGUAAUGCUAUUGUAAAUAAUACUCCAGGGAAUAGCAGGCAGCAAGUUUCAGGCUCUCCACAGACGUUUGCUUCUGGGUAUGGCAAUAACCAACCCGUUCAUCCUCACAUGUCACUGAUGCAACAACAGGGAAUGUAUGGUCUUGGUCCAAGGUUGCCCCUUUCAGCAAUACAUCCAUCCUCGUCAGCCUCUAAUACUAUGUAUAGCCCUACAUCAAAUUCCCAGCCUUCUCUUGGUCAUCCGAUGCUCAGACCCGUAUCUGGGACUAAAUCUGGUUUAGGUUAAUCAAAGCACAAUCCAACAUUUGAAUUUGCUUGGAUCAACUUGUUGAGCUUUGGUGUACUGUAUGGAAAGAGUCAAAAGUGAAGGGAUGAUGACAUCUCCUUGAAUCAUUGGUUUUAUUUUGACAUGCAUGCUUGGUAUGGUGGUGGGUUAACUAGGGUGACCUGAUGCAGCUUGGAUGUGCAGACCUGACUUCCUCUGCAGAGAAUGGAUCAAUUGCUUGGUUGCUUAAGGCGGCUUUCUUCAAUGUUAAGACGUUCUGCUAAUUUUAUUGUGACCAUUACUAAU